AUGAAGCCCGGAUCCUUCCUCUCUGCCGCCGCUGCAGCCCUGGCGAUAGGCGCCCAGACAUGCGAGGCCGCCCCAAUCGCAUUCGAGUCAUCCAUGCUCGACCUCAUCGACAAGAUCCUCCAUCUCGAGGCCACCCUCACAUCGACCCAAGUGUCAGAGACGGCCACGACGACGGCCCUCGUCACACCAACCAUCAAGCCGGGCGAGUACCCGUUCAGAGAUGGUCCGGUCAUCUACCCGACCAGUACCCCGACCCCGUGA